AUGCCAUCCCCAUACACUACACAUUCACAACUGGCGUCGCCGACGCCAGAUCAUUCCCAACCACAAGUCGUGCCAGGGCAUGACGACAAAGGCGCGAUAUAUGGUACAACCUACCAGCCUGGUGCGCCGACACCGGAUUAUUCGGCGCCGCAGGUCGUCGAGCAACCAUAUUACGACUAUCCACAACACAAGGCUCCGAUGUCAGCAACUUCCUAUGGAGGUGUCACUCCUGUAUCGCCUCAAGUGAGACCCUACGGGUUCAAAGAGCAUGUCGAUUCCAAUGACGCAGCAUAUCAACAGACGUCCAAUCCUCCUCCGACCUCACCCAAGGACGACAGGAAGUGUGGCAUGAAGAAGAGAACGUUCUUCAUCUUGCUCAUAUGUGUUCUGAUAUGGCUCGUUGCUCUUGGGGUUGGACUUGGGGUGGGUUUGAGCUUAGGAUUGAAGAAAAAGGCGAACGACAAGAUUGAUCCCUUUUGCCGCACCAACCCGAAGUACUGUGUUGGCGGUGCACUCAACAGUCAAUACUUAUCCAAGAAAGGAGCUUUCAACGGUACGGGUAUUGCGCUGGCAGGCGAGUCUUGGGAUAAGAACCAGCGCCGGAUAUUUACGAUAUACUUCCAGCAUCACACAGGCGACAUUCGUUACAUGAUCUAUACUGCAGAUCGAACAUACAUUGGCGGUACGAAAUCCGAAACGGUCGCGUCAGAUGCUAAGGAUGCAUCUCCCAUAUCCGCCGUGGCUUAUGCCGUCAACGAGACUUCAUAUGUACAUAUCUUUUACGUCGCAACCGACAAUUCGCUCAAGCAAUUGACAAAGUCAAACACCACUGACCUCUGGGAAUCCGGGCCCUUGAAUAAGCUGAACCUCAAAGCCUACGACACACCCACCGUCGGCCUACAAGCAUGCUGGAAAGGCAACUACUACGGCGACCCCGACUACAAGACAUUCCCAACGAAUGAUGGGUCAAACAACACAGUAGAAUUCGACAACAAUAUCGGCAUGAAUAUCUGGGUUCCAAUCGAUGACUCCACCUUCGAGCAGUACUCCUGGUAUGCUGGCAAAGAAGACUGGGUCCUGAUCCAACGCUGGCGCGGCUUCAACACCCACGCAGGAGUGGGGUGCUACAGCUGGGGCCCCACAUCAACGACAUACGCCAUGCUGGUCAACCAAGCCAACGAUGUGGAAAUCCACUGGAAAGAUACUAGUAACGUGACGAAAGCGAGUACCGACCACCCUAUCAACGCGUGGGUCAACGCCACCGGCGGCGUCAUCGACGACGUGUACCCCACCACCUCACUCGGAUACACUACCUACUUCUACACGCAGAUGGCUGAUAGGUCAAUCAAGGGCUACGACGUCCAGUAUAACGCGGAGAAUACGACGUCGCCGACCGAUAAGUCGUUUUACGUUACCGAUGGCGCGGGGCCGGUCAAGGGUCUCGGCGGAACUCAUCUGACUGUCACGGCGGCGUCGGAUACAAAUACCGAUGGCUCGACGAAGUGGAGCAGUUUGUAUGUGUUCUACCAGACGGAAGGCACUGAUAUCAGCGUGUUUACGAGGGGCAUCAGCGGCGGCGAGUGGACGAAGGGUGAGCUGGCUGUUCCCGACACUUGA